UUCAUAUAAAAUAGGUCAAGGAUGGCCUCUACUUUCACCCCCGUCUACCCUGCCGUUAUCCAAGCUUCUGCCAACUCCGGCCACCGUAGGCCCGACCAAGAUCGCCGGAAAGGUUCGUCAUCCAACUGGUGGACUCCGAUCUUCGGCUGGUCUUCUGAACCCGACUACAUUGAUUCCAACAACAACAAAACCGCAGAUCUCCCGGAGAAACCCGAGUCCGUCACCGUGUCGAAAUCGAAAGCUGGAAAACCACGAUUCGCCGGUUGCUUGACGGAGGAUAAGGCAAGGCGGCUCCGGUUGAUGACCAUGGAGACGGAGACUUUUCACGACACCAUGUAUCACUCCGCUAUCGCUUCUCGACUCGCCUCCGACUUCAAGACUCGCUCGGAUCCGUAAAUUCCCCGCCUCCGGACUUCUAACGUUGCAUAUAAUAAUCAAUCCUUCCUUUUUUUUGUUGUUUUUCGUGUCAAAUUUUAGUCGAUGAUGGCACUGCUGAUGAUGAACGAUGAAGAAUGUAUAAUACUCGGGAUGAUUAUGUUUAUAAAAUCCAGUUUGUUAGUGACCUGUCUCGUUUUUGUUGUUUAA